AGUCAUUUAAAGCACAUGUUUUUGUUGACUUUGGAGAUAAUAUUGUCCACAAAUUGGACACAAAUUGGACACAAAUUGGACACCAAUUCAUGUUUUGAUCGAUUGAUUGAAUUAUUAUUAAAUCAAUAAAUAGUUUCACAAAACAAGUGAGAAAUGGGUCGCAAAGUGAAGACCGGAAAACAGCGAAAGGAUCGCUACUAUCACUUGGCAAAGGAGACGGGUUACAGAUCUCGAGCCGCAUUCAAACUGAUUCAACUGAACCGGAAGUUUGAGUUUCUUCAGCGAUCAAAGGUGUUGAUCGAUUUGUGUGCCGCACCGGGAGGUUGGCUACAAGUGGCCCAGAAGUAUAUGCCGGUGUCGAGUGUGGUGGUAGGCGUGGAUUUGGUGCCCAUUAAGUCGAUCCACAACGUGAUCACAAUCCAAGACGACAUCACAACCAAACACUGCAGGAAUGCGUUGAGCAAAGAGCUGAAGACCUGGAAGGCGGAUGUGGUCCUCCACGACGGCGCCGGCAAUGUCGGCAAGAGUUGGCUUCACGACGCCUUCAACCAGAAUCGGCUGACUCUGAGUGCUCUGCAAUUGGCGACAGAGUUCCUGAUGAAAGGCGGAUGGUUUGUGACGAAAGUGUUUCGAUCCAAAGACUACAACUCACUGAUGUGGGUCUUCAAGAAGCUGUUCCUCAAGGUUCACGCCACCAAACCCCAGGCCUCACGUAACGAGUCCGCGGAGAUAUUCGUGGUCUGCCAGAGCUAUACAUCUCCCGACAAAAUCGAUCCCAAGUUCUUCGACCCGUCGUUUGUGUUUGAAGACGUAGAACAGGACGAAGACUCCGAGAAGAAGACGAAAUCCAAUCUUCUGAGACCAGCCAUUAAGCAGAAGAAGGCAAAGGCUGAGGGAUAUGCCGACGGAGACUACACUCUAUACCACAAACUCAAUGCUUCGCUAUUGAUCUCCAGUUUAAAUCACAUCCAGUUAUUGAGUGAUUGCAACGAAAUAAUAAUGGAUACAAAAGAGAUUAAAGAGCACAGACUUACCACUCCUGAGAUCAUAGAGUGCUGUCAAGACGUUAAAGUUCUCGGAAGAAAGGAAUUAAUUGCAUUAAUUGAUUGGCGAAAGAAAUUGAGAGCAGAACUCGUCAAAGAAGAGAAGUCUUUGACAGAAGAGGCAAAAGAGCAGAAUGUGGUCGAAGACGAGGUUAUCUCGGAUGCGGACGAAGUGGACCAAUACAUGGAAGAGGAGGCCAGGGAUGCGAAGAAGAAAAAGAGGAAAAUUCUUAAAGAGAAACGAAAACUAAACGAAAGAAUGAAUUUAAAAAUGAUUUUGAAAAACGACGAAAUCAUUGAAGAGGAGUUGGAAUUAUUUCAGUUGAAGAACAUUAGGAACAAAAAACUUCUCAAUCAAAUCGAGGAAAUCAAUUUGAGUGACGUUGAGGUCGAUGUGGAGGAAGAUAAUGAGAACGGGGAACAGACUUUUAAGAAGAGUGAGAAAGUCUUCUACGAUAAGGACUCACUCAAGAGUGCAAACGAUUACGACGACAGUGGCAACGAAGACGAGGACAAGGAUGAGAGCGAAGGCAUCGGUGAUGAAGACAUUGAAGUCGAACAGAAUAUUGGGAAUCGAGUGGAAGAGAGUGAUGACGAGGACGACGGCUUAGUUGUGGAUCUCGAGGACACUACUGAAGCGAAAAGAAAUAAAACAAAAAUGUUUUUCGAAAACGAUAUCUUCAGGGAUGAGAUGAACGACUCGGACGACGACAUCGAAUUAGAACUGAUUGAGAAUCGAUUGAACCCUAAGAAUAAAACUCAUGACAAGAGAGAGAAGAAACAGAAUAAAAGACAAAUUGAAGACCAAUUGGAAGACAACGAAAGCGUGAGUUCUGACGACGAAAACGAAUUGAAACCAAAGAAUAAGAAACAAAAGAAUGAAAACAAACGGAACGAAAAGUGUCAGAAAGACGUGAAACUGACGCCCGAAGAGCUGGCCAUCGGAACUCUUAUGAUUAGGUCUCAGAAGACUAAACGAGAUAUUCUGGACAACGCGUGGAACCGAUACGUUCACGAAGACGACGAGUUCCUGCCCUCUUGGUUCAGGAAAGACGAGGAGAAGUACUUCAGAAAACCAGUUCCCGUCACACAAGAGAUGGUCAAAGAAUACAAACAACAGCUCCGAGAGAUCAACGCCCGUCCCAUCAAAAAGGUGACCGAAGCCAAGGCCAGGCAGAAGAAGAAGGCGCUCAGGAAACUAGAAAAAGCGAGGAAAAGGGCCGAACAUAUCACUAACGCUCCCGAUAUGACUAACUCAGAGAAGGCUCAACACAUCAAGAGCGCCUAUAAGAGAGCUCUGAAGGGAAACAAGAAGGAAGUGACUUAUGUGGUGACGAAGAAACAUCAGGGAAAGAGAGCCCCUAAAGGAGUGAAGGGUAGGUAUAAAGUGGUCGACUCUCGCAUGAAGAAAGACAAGAAAAACACUAAAACUAACCCCAAAUCCAAGUUUAAUAAGAAGUCGAAACCUAAUAAACAAAAAUCAAAACAAAGACAAAAGCCAUCGAAAUCCAGACGUUAA